GGUGAGAGAGAUACGGAGUCGGAGCGGACAUCCCUGCGCUCAUUCCGUCAUUUACGCGCAGCUUACGGGUGCGCGUUGACGUGACGUAAUGACCACGUGUGUCUCCAACGUUCUUCUCGGGGUGUCCGACGCUCCUUGCAACGGACCAGUGCUUUCUCCCUAUGAGAACAAGAUAGGAGGGUAUCCUGAUUUCUUUCGGUCAUCUUCUCUCCCUGCCCUGCCAUGCUGUACUCUCUGCGGAGGGUUUCUUCAGCUGCUGGUACAGGUCUACUGUCCACUGGAUGACUCAGUCAAUCACAGACUACUGCAUCUCUACUGCUGCACUCAGUCCACGUGCAACAGGACGAAUGAAGGAUGGCUUGCUCUAAGAUCAGAAGUUAAAGAUUCGGCAAUCUCUGAUGUCAGUGGAUCUACCACAAACACCACUGGGACCACUAUCGAGACCACUCCAGGGACCACAGGGUACCAUUCCAGACCACUGGGGACCAAACAACCACCAACUGUGAACAAAUGGUGUUCUGGAGCAGAUGACUGGGGAGAAGAAGAGGAAGGAACAGACCAAACAUGA